AGAGUUUACUAGCCAUUGGAAACGCUUGCUACGCCGGCUAAGAGUUUACGAAUGGCUGUCCAUCAAGGGUAAGUGAAGCAAAAAGGCUUUUGUUCAUUUCGUCGCUUAUAAUUAACAUGAUCAUUGUUCUUUAAAGGUUAUCUUCAUCCACCACAAAGCAGAUCCUUUGCAGGUAAUGUUGUUCAAUAAAUGUGUGCUUAUACCUGAUAUUCUCCAAGGCUGUGAUAAUUAAAGUCCAAUGCGAGUCUCGUUUUAAAUGUGUUGGUGAAUUUAAACAGUUCCCCACACGUCUCACCAAAGAAUCAGUUUUCUUCUUUGUGGUUGCCCUUUGGAAGUCAUUUAACUGGAUGCGUUUCAUUGUGAUUAUAAUCACUCAAUCAAUCACAAUACUUUAUUCAAGAGAUAAGAAAUAAACAUAAAAUACCUUUUGAAAGGGGAAAUCGAGAGGUUGACCCUAUAAUAUAUAUUAACGACAUAAUGGUCUGUGAUCAGGAUUUAUCAUAUUUCAUAUCACUUGGAUCAUGGUCCAUCACUGGUUUUGGUUUUACAAACCUUUACACACCUCUAAAAACCUUCACACUUUACAGGCUUCUGGUCCAAAAAGAACCCUGUUCAAGACACUAAAUAACGAAAUUCUAUACCCUGUCUGAGGCUCAAGACCCUGAAAAACAUCCUAACUGAUGCCAAAAUGGCCCCCAAAUGAGAUUCCACCCCUCUGGUUCCAGCCAUUUAGAUGGUAGAGAUACAUUUCAAAGUGGUCAGCAUUAGAUCCCAUUGGCCGUAGCCCCUUUCUCCCCUUAUGAAAUUUACACAAUGUAGAACAUAUCACACUUAGAUGAUAUUUCAAGCUGGAAAUGUUCAUGAAAGUGCAAGUUUCUUCAAUUUAAAGGAAAAAAAAUGUUUGAUGUUAAAGACAGUAAGAUUUGAACCCAUGACCCAGGACACCCAGUAUACCACACUAACCACUAGACCACUGAGGAUUUGUUGGCUGGCAGGGAAAUAAUUUAACUACAUAAAGCAUCAACCCCAACCCCCAAAAAAGGACUAACCAGUUUUGAAACAGUGCUUAACUCUAAUCAGUAAAGGUAGUCCUUAACCCUUUAGUAAAGCCAGUGCUUAACCCUAAUCUGUAAAAGCCAGUGCUUAACCCUAAUUAGUAAAGGGGAAAACUAUGUUGUGUAAAUUACAUGAGGUGUCCGAAGGGGCUAAGGUCGAUGGGAUCUAAUAAUAACCUUUCAAAGUGAAGCAAUGCAAUAAAUAAAGGUGAAUCCCUUCCCUUUUUAGCCUGUGAAUACAGCCGUCUCUACUCGCUCCUCACUGAUUGGGAUGUUUCCGGAGAGAUGUCUGUGUGUCAAUGACAGAAAUGCCAUACUGAUGACAUAAAUCAGUGUUUUCAUGAUUAAUCUGGUUGUCAUGGGGUUCCAAAUGUGUCAGAUGUAAAUAUUUUUUGAGUUUAUGUUUCUUCUGAUCUAGUCCUCUACAAACAAGCUGUAGCAAAACUCAGAUGUUUCUUCUGAAGAAGAAUAUAUUCCACAAAUAAUGACUGUUUUGUAGUAGAUUCAUCAGGUUUUCAUUUGACCUUUGUGAUCUUUUAUCCUUGUCUGUCAUUAAGGAUAGCUUUAAGGGGAUUAAUAAUAUUACUAUGUCGACCAAUCAGAGCUCCUGACCAGAUUCUGGGCAGACUUUACAUCAUUAGUAUGGCAUUUCUGUCAUUGAGACACAGACGUCUCUCCCACAAAAUGUCCCCAGGGGUGAGGGGUGAGGAGAGAUUGCUUUAUUCAUGAGCUAUCCACCUUUUCCCUACCUUUUUGUUUUUCACCACAAUGCUCUCAGGCUCUAUUGCACUCCUUCCCCACAGUCUUGAAACAGUCUUAGUCAUGGCUUUAUACUAUAACUGUGUCUAUCCCAAUUAAGGUACUACAUGCAUGGAGUCUGCAGAGAAGGAGAAAAUUGUCAGUAUUCACAUGAUUUAAAAGAUAAACCUUCCAUGGUAGGUUCUUAGAACUGUAGCCUGGGUUUUAAUAUUAUUAGACCCCUACCCUAUUAUAUGCAGACAUUGGCUCAAUUUUAUAUGAAAUUAUUGUCAUGAUCCUGUCAGUAUAUAGAACAUGAUAUGAUGAAUUCCAAGACCUUGGUAUGACAAACAAUAUCUUUCACUCCGUUUACAGUAAAUUGAUUGGGCAGAACUCUAAUAAAAUACUCUAGUUUUUAUAAGCUCAUAUUCCUAGACCCUUGGCUUGUAGGGAUUCCCUGUUUUUUGAUUUGACUUCUCUGAUUUCUUGAAAUUCCCAGAUAAAAGGUGAUUAUUAACUUGCAUUUUUCCCCAAACUUUAGGUCUGUAAGUAUUACCUUCAAGGAGCCUGUUCUUAUGGAAGCAGUUGCCGUUUUGAUCAUGUUAAGCCACCAUCUGCAAGGUUUCUAUGUAAUGUCUAUUAUUUCUAAGUGCAAAAUUGCCAUGGAAAUUUUGUUGUUAUCUUCUACAGAGACAGCAAUUUUAAAAAACAGUCAUUUGGUUUAUUGACACUUCAUGUUAUUUUUUUAUCACAUGCAACAAAUAAUAUACUUAGGUUCGCCAAUGCUGGCAGGGUAACUGCAACAGUAUGGUGCCAAUUACUGCAGGCUUGUAACAGUCUCUUCUCCCAUGAGAGAUAGACCUUCUCAACGGGGGACUACAUCCCCUAUUCUUUACGAACAGUGUGUGCCAUUCUUUAAUGUCCCACAGAUUGUUUUAUAUGUGCAAUGGUUGUGAGACAGGGAUUGCAGUUUGUCUUCCUUAUUCGAGAAGACUAGAAAGUCUAAUCAUUUGCAAAUGCCCUCUCAGCAACCAGCAGCUUCCUUCUCGGUAGACUGGCGCUUAUCCAGACUGAGCUACCCUGGCGGUGUUUGGCAACUUAAGAUGUGAUCUGUGCAUUCUGUUCUGCAGUUUGUACAUUGUAUUAUUUUCUCAGUAGAUUUGAAAAAUCAUGUGGCUCAGUUAUGCCGACCUUCCAUGUCUAAAAAUUUGCUCUCUUUUUAUUAAAACUUUAUACUUUCUUGUCACAGAAUCUCUCUUCCUUCUGCCCUAGCAAAUUAAAAAAACUUCAAAUUUUGUGGAGGCAACGUGCACGUAACAAUAUUACUUACUUUAAACAACUAUUGAAUGAGGUUUUUGUGAUAUCUGGAAUAAUCAAGGUCGACAAAGGGGGGAGUUUCAUAUAUCCCAUGAUGCAUCGCUUCAUACUAUAUUAUCAAGCUUCCGAACGCACAUGAUGCUAUCAGUUCAACAAGGACAUGACAGUUGAACAGCAGUAGAAAGCGACUUGUUCUGCCAAUAAAACUUUCUGUACCUUUGCUGUGUCGAUCUAUUUACGAUUUUCGUUUUACUAUUCCAAAUAUAUCUCUUGUUAAGUCAAAGAGAGUGUUUUGCCCGCCGAUUAUGAGUUAACUAGACUUACGAUAGCAACGCAGUCGACACAAACGUUCUUAGAGGCUAGCGAGGAAGGUCUUUGCUUCAGUACGUCCUGUUUUAACGUGCGUUGACAAAGCUCUCCAUGAAUUAACAGGCGAUUUCCACGACUUGCCUUGAAAUAAAUACAUAUUCUAGGUGUGAGAUUUCUCUUCGUUGCUUGUUUGUGAUCAGGGUGUUCAUAUUGUCAGUUCAAUAAUUCAUCGAUGCAAUACAUCAACCGUACAGCAGUGACUGCACACGCUUUUACUUCAACAAGCUCGGCUUAUGUAGUCGAAAAUACCGAGACCGUUAAAGAGCAAAGUGACGUCUAUCGGAGAUAAAAUUCAAAGCAGGGAAAUAGCUCCAACAAACAAUAAAAAUAACAAAGACAUCUCCAUAUUUUUCGUAACACAACACGAGCUAAGCAUCAUUGUCAAACAUAAACAGAAAAAAGCUUUAUUAAGAAAUGCACAAUACAUUUACAAAAACACCCACUUCUUCACUACAAUGGAUCCUAAAAGAAUUAUAAAAAUGUCUUAAAAGGUUUUAUACGCCGGUUGAGGUCCUACGGCGUGCUAUUCCAUGACAUUUGCUGCCCUGUAUAUUUCAAGUUCCCCACGCGCGGUUGCGACCGGAAGCCACCAUGAGAAACCAAUUUACCUAAAAUAAUGAGACAAAAAAGCUUCAAUAACUAUAAACCAUUGAAUUUAAACAUUCAUCAUACCCUCAAGAGAUAAUAUUUGUGUUUUGAUCAACGAAAAAAGGGCGAAUUCAAGAGAAAAUGUCCCAUCUUCGCGGGACUUAGCAUAAAGAAAUUGAAACCUUCGUCUUGAAUCUUAGUGGAGAAAGGGUAGAAAAUGCGAUAUUUCAAAACGAUCAAACCCAUAAAAAUCGCGAGGUCGAAAGAGGUCGGAGCUUGGAACUGGUAUCAAGCAGCCCUUGUCCGCCGAUUUAAAUAAUUUAUUAGGGCAAAACCUUGCUAGAAUAAAGACAGUUCUCGAUAACUGAAAGUCAUCUAAAUAAAUAUUCACUUGCGAGUUAAAACAGCAUGGCUUAACGGGGUCGUAAACGAGAGCAAUAAUGCGUGAAAUGACCAUGGGACCAUUUUACAUUAUUAAUAAGAUACCAAAGAUUAACAGGGCUCAUUAAAACUUACCUUGGAUGAGCUGCAUCUUGAAAUUCAGGUCGUUGAAAAUCUCCCUCGAAACCCUCGAACGCUCUUUCCACCGCGGAGAGAAGAGACAAAUUUGCCGCGAAGCAUCAUGGGAUAUAUGAAAUUCCCCCCUUUAAGGUCGACAUAAGUAUUAGCCGAGCCAAAGGCCGAGGCUGAUAACACUUACCGAGACCUUGAUUAUUAAAUUAGUGUAUCACAAACCUGAAUCUAAUAAUUGUUUUACUAUACAUUGUUUUGAAGAAAAUAAUGACAAACACAGCGUUGCAAGGAACCUGAAUUGAUAUUGCUAUUGGAAUUCAUGCAUCGUGCCUGCAAUGUACAGAUUAGUCAGUAUCUGUAGGUUGUGCUGAUGAGUACAAUGUAUAAUAGUACUUAUUAGCAACACCAACAAUGUUUUGCUUUGCAAAUGCAUCACCAUUUGAGCAGACAUAUAGACAUAGAGCUACAUAUGAUACUAGUUUCUCUUUGUUGGAGGGACUAUGUUACUACAAUGUCUUCUAUUUGUACAGGACAAAGAGUGCUUCUGGCCCUAAGCCAGUACCUUUAUUACCACGAAACAGAGAGGAAAAUAAAGAGAACCAUAAGGUACUAAAAAUAAGAAUAUUAUAUACCAAUUGUCUAGCCAUAUAAUAUACAAGCAGUAUAGCAUGGUCACAUGUCACAGAAAAUUUCUUUUAAGGCUUUUUGGGUCAGGCUGUUGUUGAAAUAAUUGGGAAAAAGUGUCCAUUGAAUGUGCAAUAAUUGCAUUGUUAAUGGCACCAUGUUAACAAUCCCAACCGUGAUGUACGAUCGCAAUAACAUGUAUUAAGUCACUGGUUAUUUCCAAAGAAAUUGUAGUUGCAACAAUUACUAUUGAUGAAAUGACCAUUGUUGAGAUUGAGUAGCCAAUUUAGAAUGAUCACAUUCAGACAAAGCAUUGCAUGACCAGUUUUAAUUUUGGAAGUAUCAUCUUGUUCUAACUUCCUCCACCAUGCAGGGUCCUCCUUGUUUGUUAUGUGUAGAUGAUCAUGGAUGAUUUUAACCUGAGAUCAGGCACAAUUUUAGUUUCGCUUUGUAAUAAUAUUCCGGCGGACAAGGCAAAACAAGAGAGAAUGUAUGAGAACCGCUAAAAUUGGGCCUGAUCUCAGGUUAGGAUGAUUUAGAGGAGGGCAGACCUUUUGUUUGAAAUUGUGUUAACUUAAAAGCAUUUUUAGUAACAGGGCUGUCAUUAAGGGCUAGGGGCUGGGGAUUUUCCCCGGCUACUAUAAAGAUGACCCCCGCCUACUUUUGUAGGGAAAUAGAAGAAAAAUAGAACCAAACAAAAUCCCUAGUUGUUGGAUUCCCUGUCUACUUGUAUCAUUAGCCUGGCAACUUGAAAUUUUAAUGACAUCCCUGAGUAAAACCUGUCGUCUAGAGUCUUUCAAUUCUUUGGAUGCAGAUGCUAUCAGAGUUCUUUGGCCUAUAAAUAAAAAGUAUGUAUAAUAAAGCUGGUAAGUCUCCUGGCUCUACUUGUUGAAAAGGUGGAUAAGAGUAUCCUAUUCAGUGGAUAGUGCAAUCGUUUUUCCUAAUACUUAUCCACUGGAUAGUGAUUUCUCCAGUGAAUGGCUCUAUCUAACGUGUGAAUAACUGGGGCUGGGCCUGUCUUUCUGAAUUUUUUUUCUGGAUGAUCCAUCUUUGUUACGAGCCAUUUUACUAAAUUCCAUUGCAGAUGGUUACCCUUACAAAGAACAAGCAAAAACAUCCUAAAAACUGGGCAGAUGCACCUGCGUUUGUUCCGGUAAGCAAUAAUUUAAGGUGUUAUGUUGUACAGCAGCCUUUUUCCUCAAUACCUCUACUCUUUUGUUUGAGAAUGAUCAUCUAUUUAACCAGAUUAUUUUGAAAUCCAUCAUAAAUUCUUUGUCUCUAGGGUCAAACCUAUCAAGGAAUUAGUUCCUCUGGUAAAGAGACUGAUACUCCAAAACCAGUAAGUUUAAAUCUACUAGUUAAACUUCAAGUUGGCAUGUACAUUGUUUGUUGUAUCUAGGGAUGCUUAGCUGGUCAGCACACUUACGUAAAUACCACUUAAUAAACAUGUUCUCAUUCAGUCUGUACUUUAAAUUACAUACCAAGUUGAUUAGGUUUUUCUUCCUGGAUUUAUGGCCCAAAGACGAAGUGUGCAGUGCUAGCUAUGGCCAUGGAACCUCAAUUCUGGACAUUGGGCAAAGGAAAAUCCCAUUACCAGUUGUUUGAUCACUGGUCUCGAGAUUUAAAAAAAUAUGUAGAUUGAAUAACUUUCAAGCAUGAUUUCAAACUUCGUCAAGAAAUUUUAAAUGAUGUUAGGGCGUACAAACUGUAAAGAGUGCGGAGAUGGCAAUUGGCCCCACGUUAAAUGGAGUGAGUUUACAAUGGAUUUACCCCAUUAAUACAACCAGUAUUGGUCAGAAGAAUUCUUACAAAACUGUGCUUCCUGGCAUAAAAUCCCAGUCAUAUUAACAAGAUUGUCAAGAAAAGAAUGAGAGUUUUUAUUAAGUCUGGGCCAGAAUAAUACUGUUAGCAGUAAGUAGCUCUUCUUUCAUCAUGUAGGUUUCCAGUCCCUUAUCAUAUUCUGCAGCUGCACAGAGUGGCGUAGAGUUUGUAGAUGAACUUACUGAUGAACAGGCUGCCCAAAUGGUGAGUGUGAUGUUUUUUAAAGUUAGAUUUGUGGCAUAGUAAGCCCUUUUAUUUUUGGUGGCCACUGUCUACAUGUAUUUAGGGGCCAGUUAAUGAGAGUCCCAGCAGACACAUAUCCAGUAAAUCACUGAAAACAGAAUCUCUGUUAAUUAAGUGGUCAACCUCAGCAACCAGUUGUCCCUUCCCUGGGGACGGUCACUUGAUAAAGGUUUGACUCUAUUCUUUCCCACAUUCCUGUCAACAAAGGCACCAACUCAAGGCUUGGGUCCAGCAGACAAAUACGGUUAUUUGUAUGAAAAUUUCCACCCGAGCCUCAACGUCAUUUCUAUAUGUUUGCUCAUGGUAGCGGAAUAUGGGAAAGGUCCAUAUUCUUCAUGGUGUGGUUAUAUUGAAUAUCCUCAUCAAAUUAUACAAGGCAAUGGAACACCACCAAACAAUGGCUUUCAAAGACCAAAGCUGGUAAAGCAACCUUUAUUGAAAUAAUUUGAAUAUCCUCAUCAAACUGUAAGACUUAAUAUAAUUUUAACCAGAAACGAAAAAAAGCAUUCUCAUGCUAAAAUAAUUGCGUGCUAUAUUUUGCUAAAGCAAAAGUUACUUAACUAGGCCAAAACUGAUGAUCUCCUCUCUGCACUUGUCAGCUCUGUCCAUUUGCUGCAGCAGUAGGAGUUUGCCCUUUGGAAGAAAGGUAACAAAAGAGAUUUAUUUUGCUACUCAUUAACAACAAGUAUCUCGAUCAUAAGUAAUGGGGUGGUUUAAAUUUCCAGUAAGAUGACAGAGGAAGAAUGUUGCUGUUAAAUCACGCGUUUAGUGUGGUAUUGUUUAUCCCCAAAACUUCGCAGUCUCUAGCGGGGGCUCCAGUAGUUGAAAUAUGGAUUGUACUAGUCGGGUCCAUAAAGUUUCUUUCAAAGGUGUUUUACACUAAAAAACUAGCUAAUUAUAUUAUGCCUAGGGAUGGUGAAAUUCCAAGACGUUAAUGCCUUUCCUCGACUGAGAUUUCUGUGCCCUAAACUUGUGUCAAGUAUCAUGGUAAAGGUUAUGCUUUGACUCAUAAAUUAAAUUGAAUACUAUUUUUUAAAAUAUUUUUGUUUCUUACUUAUUUUUUGCUGAAAUGUUAUUUGUAUUAGUACUGUCUGCAUAAUAAGAAUUAUAGUUCUCGGUAAUCUUUUUGCUUAAAAUGAGUAGCAUACAAUUGCACCCAUAGCCGGUAAUCAUAUUGAGCUUGGGAAUUUAUCAAGGCAUUUAAAUGGACAACCUGUGCCUUCUAUCAGUAGUUUUAAUUUUGAAAAUGUAGCACAAAAAAGUCAGUUGCUUCCCAAGUAGUUCUACUAGUAGUGGCCUUACCAGCAGGUAGUUAUUUGGUGUGCUUAGUUUGUGGUUGAAAUAUAGCGGCGCAAAAGCUCUGAUGUCAAAGAUGUGGGACUAAGGGGGCAAUAGGAUUUUCUAAACAAUUAUCCAUGGGUUUACUUUGAUUAGUAAUUAUAGUUAUUCAGUCAAAUCUUUAGCCAGCUAGUUUUUAAGAGAGCUGAAAUUGCCUUUUUUGUGCAUUGUGAUCUUUUAAUAGUUGCAGUUAUUUACAUGGUUUAGAAUGCGAAUAUUGUGGUAACAGAUGCCUUCACCCAUAUGACACAACACAGCAACAAGGUUAGGGUCUUCCUUAUCACCCUAUUUACUUAACUCUUUUAAGGUGAUUUCUUUAAUUCUCAUGAGGGUUUGGUUACUGAAUGCUCAGAUAUUACAUACACAAAAUCUGAGUUGGAAUGAUACUAAUUGCAUUUCAUUUUGUUGUGUAGAACAUCAUCAGUUUUGUGUUGAGAGCCAUGAAAAAGACAUGGAACACUCCUUUGCGGUCCAAAGGUAAAAAUUACUUUAUGUGCAGGGUUGUCAUUAAGAGCCGGGGGCUGGGGAUUUUCCCCGGCUACUAAAAGAAUGGCCCCCGGCUACUUUUAUUGGAAACUAGAAGAAAAAUAGAACCAAAAGAAAUCCCUGGCCGUUUGAUUCCCCGCCUACUUGUUGUAUUUACCCGGCAACUUGAAAUCUUAGUGACGACCCUGAUGUGUUUGUAAGUAAUAUUGUUAACGCCUUUGGUUUUGAUUAGAGUUAACCGUAUCUGAUUCCCACACCUAGCCAAUGAAGUCUAAAAAAAGUUGAUUUUUGCUAGACAGGGUCAUUAACUUAUCUCAGUUCAUAUGCACGUUCUGUUUUCAAAACGCAACGUCUCGAAAAUCCGCAGAAUCAUCCUUUCUUCACACAGAACGGUAUUAGAAUGUGAUGAUUUACUGAACAGAUGUAAUUAAUUUAUUUUUAAUUACCAAUUUAAGUGUAAAUGUUGCUUAUCUGUUAAGCCCGGGUCAAAAACCGUUCUUCAGAUGAGUAUAAUUUUUGUUUAUUAUAAAUAAAAGAAAUAGUGGACACCCAAAAACUGCUUUAAAAAUUUUUGCGAUUGUUUUCUUUAAAAAUAAGCACCUCCUAAAUAAAUUUAAAGUAAAAAUAAAAUUUAAAAACAAAUUUGGCGAUCAGUUGAAACUGUAAUUUAAAAGAUUUUUUUUUUGUACAGAGACAAGCCGCUAUACAUGCUUAGCAUUCGCAAUUUAUCUCAGUGCGCCCUUUGAUUUAACUUGUUAUGUUAAAAAGGUUUUGUUUUCUUUUUUGCUUUGUUGCAGGAGCGAGGGUGUGGCUUGUGGAAUCUGUUUAGAGGUAGUGCGGUCAAAAGAAAUCCCAAGUGAACAGAGAUUUGGAAUUCUAAGUUAGUAGUUUUGUGGUAUUGUACAGCGGUUUUUUUGAUUUAAGAUAGAGGGAUUAAAUACGAGAGAAGCGAGUCAUGUAUGGUGUUGUGGAAGGGAAGUAUCCCCUUCUAUAAAUCUUGGCACGCUUCAACGAGUGGAGUAGACUUUGCUGAAUAUAACGGUUGUACGUUUUUGUAUUGAAAGCAAUUCCCUUUGCAGAAAAAUGCCCUCAAAAACCUGAAACUUGUGUCAAAAGAAGAAUCACUGGAACACUAAUUUUUGUUAGGAGUACUAUCCCAACCAAAAAAAAGAAAACAACAAAAAAAGCAGGACUGUCUCUUCUGAAUUUGUUGGUUACUGGCUAAACUAAAUAAUGUUGCUGCAGAAACAUUGUUUCUUCUUAUGUGACUAAACCAGGAAACAUUUCAUUGGAAGCAAAAUUUGCGUACAGGAAGUGUGAAUUAACUAAUUACUGUUUCGCCCUGGAAUCGCAACAUUCAAUUUUCGCGAAGUAAAAGUUGGAAAUAUUUGCUUCUGCAACAAUAUAAUGUUGCAAGAUCAGUGUUUCCUGGUUCACCCAUUUCCUGGGAGUUACGAAAUCUGACUAAAGGUAGUUAUUCUUUUGUUUUAGCUGACUGUAACCAUGCUUUCUGUUUGUCGUGUAUUCGUCGCUGGAGAAACACAUCUCUAUCAACAAACAAGGUUGUCAGGUAAUUAUACUUAGAUGGAUCCUAGCAGCUCAGUUGAAAAACAGCGGGGAACUCCCUCGUAGAUCCCACCCUCUUGACCGUAAAAAGAUGGUGCCGAUUGUCCACUCUUUUCAGACUUGUAGAAGCUAAGUUUUCGACACACUAACCUGCCUCGCGAAACGUCCUCAGCGGCGAAUGGCGAGGAGAAACGGCUGUUUUCGCAGGGACACACGCGAUACGUGUUAAUGAUCAGAGGUCCAGUUUUCGUUGCGGAAUGAACUCUGACUUUUAACCUUUGAAGACGGUCCUCGUAAGAUGUCCUUGGAACAAUCCAAGCUCAAGCUUUUAAUUGAUGUGUAACUAUUCACCAUCACCAUGUUAUUUCCUUGUCCCCAGGCCUCAUUUUUCCGCGCGGCCCAUGCCUUUCAGGUCACGUGGGCCGAGCGAUUUGUGUUUCUCCCGGCCGUAGUCUCGGAUACGUCACCAAAAAGCAUUGACCGAGAGGGCCUGGAAAGACACCGUGGAGGGACUUGGCAAACCAUGAUACACCUUAUUUAAUCUCCCCCCCCCAUUCCCCCCCGCCGCCCCUGCGUUGUCGUUAAUUUUCCUUGGGACGACUGUAAUACCCGGGAGAAAUUGGAGGCAAUGAUUAUGAAAAUUGUUGGGGGGUAAACAAGGUUACGCGUAUUAUGGGCAGUGUGAAAAUGGUGAAUUUAGUCCGUCUAAUAAAAAAAUAUGGCGUCUCAUCUGUUUUGUAGUAUUUCAAAUAUACGCUGAUACGCUGUGAAGUAGAGGCAACCAUUAGGUUGAAGUCAGUUUUGUUGUACAACCAGGAUCGUUAAAAAGAGAUCAAAGAAAUCUUAAUUGAAAUUAGCAUUCUUCUAGUGAUAUUAGAAGAUAAUUCUCGUUAUGUUUUUUCCUUCCUUAGAACAUGCCCUAUUUGUCGAGUACCUUCUGCAUUUGUCACUCCGGUAAGCCAUUCCUCUUUCGCGGUUUCUUUUUCAAUUGCCUAGCCAUUGAAAGAGCCAUCGUUUAAAGGAUUUUCCUCAAAAGAAAUUCGUUACUCUUUUGAGUGACAUCAGCUUUCCUGCUGAACAAACACGGACCAUGUUUUGUUUAUUUUAACCACCCAAGUUGCGUGACGUCAUUAACAUGCGUUUAAGUCACGUGAAGCUGGCUCAAUUAAUAGGGACUGCGUUGCUUAAAUCAGAUUCUUUUUGUACAAUAUCAUAAUGCAACUCGCUCGUCACUCGGAUGAGAGCCCGUCCUGCUGAGCGGGAGGUCGUGAGUUCACUCCCGGCCGGACCACCAGAAACUGGGCAAGAAAGUGCUCGUUGUGCUUAAGAGUACUUUUCUCAGUUUAGGUGAUCGUUUCUUAAGAGGUGACGUUAAGUUAUUGGCUAGUCUUCUUUUUCCUUACAUAUCUACAUUUACAUACAACUAUUUCAAAAAACGUUGUUGGAAGAAAAGUAAAAAGCCUUUAAGCCACGACUGCAAGGUGGUAUGUGAUUUUUCUAAUGACUUGCAAUUCCUGCACUGAUAAAGGAAGUGUUGGGCCGCAGGGCAUGAGGUACAUGGAGUAGACUGUAGAGGCCGUUUUACGUAUGUCCCUGCACAUUAUGUUAGGGUCGUAACGUUUUUUGAAAUAGCUGUAUACAAACUUCAAGGUUUAUAUCAGUUACAAGCAGGGCAGUCAAUAAGUUUUUAAGCAGCCGUUUCAUUAAAGGUGUCACCUGUAGCAUUUCUGUACGUGGCACGCUAGCCUGGACUUCGAAAUAGGAAAGUGGUACCGUUCCAACACCGUUCCUAAUUCUUAUGGUAUAACUCAACUAAAAGGGAUUGGCGUUUGUAUAUUCUAGAGUGAGAUAUGGGUCGAAGAUCCAGCAGAGAAAAAGAAGCUUAUUGGCGGUUAUAAAGCAGCUUUGAAGUAAGUGGCCUGUUUAUUGGUUGAUGUUGUUGUUUCUAAGAUGUUGUUUUUUCUAAGAAAUUGAGGUCGGUUUAGUGACGUAAUUAUUUGUUAUUAAUUGGGCGAGGUAGUGAGAAUUUCAACUGGCAGCCUGUGCAUACUGCAAUCACAAGCGUUUUGGACUGUUUGUCAUAGACGAAUCUCUUUGUUCAUUUUUUUUGUCUCAUUAACAUAUGCUCAUAAUUAUCUGAUGAGGCUAAUAAAAUCAUGUUUAAAACAUCUGAAUAUUGAAAGAGCAGAACAAUUUCAGUUGUCUCUUAAAAUUUGAGUCCGAUAUACCCAAUGGUUUCGGAGAAAUUCUCUUUUGGAAAACUCGAAAUUUUACAAAGAUGUGUGGCUCAUUUACAUUUUCGCCACCCAGCAAUUUCGCAGUUUCCGCUGGCUGAUAUUUCCUUCAAUAUUUAUUUGUUGCAAAGAGCUGAAAAAUGCACAAAUUGCUCAAGUUUAUCAGCUCUUUCAGCUUUUGAAUUUAGUUCGUAUAUACGCGCAGGGCUUCUAUGAGUUAAGUCGUAUGCUAAUGAGGAAAAAUGUAAACAUUGACGUCGGCAAAGAUUGGCCAAUUUUGUUGUAGCAGUAUAUGGAUUUUGGAAACUAGCUGUAUCUUCGUUUUGCAGGGAAAAGCCUUGUAGAUAUUUUGCGCAAGGAACGGGGACAUGUCCGUUUGGAUCCAGUUGCUUCUAUAAACAUGGUAAGAAACGUGCCGUACAUAAACAUGGAUAUCUCUAGUAAACGUGCGACGUCGACGACGGCAGUGCGUCCCUAAAAAAUGAAUAGAUUUGGACCCGCUCAAUAUGUGAAAUGGCGACUUUUCCUGUUGAAAUCAAGUUCAAAAAGAGGAAGGAAAAUUCGUCGUCGUAUGUCCACGUCCUCCAUAAAACGUCAAAUUAGGAAGUUUCACGUCGUAGUCGUGCAGUGGACGUCAAAGCAAUGUACUAAAAAGCGUGAUGCACGUGCAGAGCUGUUGUUUUGAUCAUUAAACCUACUGUUUUUUUGAAGUCGUCGAUGUUGUCGUCGUAGUUUGUUAAGCUCCCUAGUGUCGUCACGCAACGCCGCCCCUCCCUAUUGCGUGACUACACCGUGUCGCUAGAUGCAAUUCGUUUGUCGUUUGAUGUAAACGUCAUGCUUAACCUCUAUUCUUUUGUCUGUCACGUAAGAGUCUGGACGGGGAUUUCCUGAUCCCGCAUCCCGCACUUUUUUUUAUCACUUUCCCGAAUACCGUUUUUCUUUUCUUUUUUUUUUUUUACGUCAAAAUACAUACGCUAAAAAAGACUAAUUGCUGUUAAAGCUAAUAACUCUAAGAUGUAGAUUGGCUUUUUCGAUCCCCCAUCCCGUGCACGAAAUUUUGGUGAAUCCCGUUUCUCGGGUAACAGUCAAAUUUACAAAAUGAAUUACACAGCUGUGACAAGGCCCUUUUCAUUUUCAGCUUAUCCAGAUGGAAGAAUCGAAGAAGUGAAGUUGAGGCAUUGUAAUACUUCUCGAGGAGACACAAAAAUCAUAGAAACGUACAGGUUAGUUAAAAACGUCAAACUCCGAGUAUUAAGCAAAAUAGCUGGUGACAUGUUGUGAGCAGACCGCUCUCAUCUUCCUUCUUAAUUGCUGGUUUGUACGUGACGUCACGGCAGCCAUGUUGAUGGUCAAGAACAAAGGCAUUUCUCUCCUCUGGGAACUAAAUUGUUUUUUCAUGUAAAUUCUUAGAGAAAAAUUUCUACUGUAUUGACCCCCAAACUGGCCGCCUUGUCACGUGGCUGCAAACGAAGAAUCGGUUCUCCUUCCCAUACCAAUAACGCACUGGUUCCAGUUUUUCAAAAGGCGGAUAAGGCUAUCCACGGGAUAACGCAAUUGUUUCUCCUAAUACUUAUCCGCUGGAUAGUGACUUAUCCGGUGGAUAGCGUUAUCCAAUGUUAAAACAGCUAGGGCCUGAACUCUACAAUAGGGAACGUAAGAUUCAAGGACAGCGACGGUAUCGAAAACGUCGCUCAAAAAGUAAAAACGUGUUAUUUCAAUCUAAAUGCGAGUAUUCCAUUUCACUUACUUUGUCAAAUGUAGGCGAACUCUCCUGGAGUUGAAUUCCUAUGAACCAUAUCCAAGUUCAGAAAGAGAAAGUAAACUUCGUGGUGGCUUCUUUACGUCCUCCAUAAAACGAGAAAUUAGGCAUUUUCACGUCGUAGUCGUGCUGUGGCGGUAAAGAGAUGUACAAAAAAAGCGUGAUGCACGUGCAGAGUUGUUGUUGUGCUUGUUUAACCUAUAGAACGUUUUCACUAACGUGGCCAGCAUCUAUGCUAAUUUAUAGGAACAAAAGAAAGCGUUUACAUAAGAAAAGAAUUCAACUCCCAGAGGAUUGUCUUGGUAAACCAACAUGGCCGCCGUUUCAUUGUUUUUGGAACAUCAAUAUGGCCGCCGUGACGUCACUCGUGAGAAAACGCUCGGCCGUCGCUUUUGUCCGAUCGCAAAAAGGCUAAAAUAGCCUCGGCCGUCAAACCCUUUUUUUGUCCGAUCGCAUUUAAAUGUCCCCAUUAUAAUGCAAAUGCAUGAAUGUUAUCCCCGGGAGAUUUGAAUUGGGUAAAAUUGCAAGAGGUCCUAGAGGUCCUAGAAGUAGGCCUCUGGUCUACGAUAACCUUGUGAAAGACAGGAUUACUCCAACAUUCUAAUGCAAAAGAGAAUCUUUGCUUCCUUCUCUAUGUAGCGAAUUUCGCGCCCAUUUCUUUGUAACUCCAUAAACCGACUAAGUCACUAUCCACUGGAUAAAGCAACUGCUUUCCUAAUAUCUAUCCACUGGAGAGGGAUUUAUCCAGUCAAUAGCUGUAACCAUGUGUUGAAGUGCUUUCAAAGCCAGUUUAUUUCCACGCCGAUACUCUUUUUGGAUGCGUUGUUUUAUCAUUAUUUUAUAACCCCUUCUUCUUAUGUCGUCAGAUUGUGGGAUUUUCUGGAAGCUCUCGAAGAAGAAAGAACAGGAGGAGAAUUCAGUAUAAUUGUUUGGACAGACUCGGAUUCCGACUCUGAUUAA